GCAUAACACAAUUUCUGUCAUGAAAUUUUUAAGUAACCAAAUUUUUGUCAAAGAAAAAUUUUGAUUAACAUUAGGUGAGAUUUACUUUUAGGGUGAAGGGACGCUAUUACUGGUCUUUUAAAUAGAGAUAUUGGUUUAUAAACAUGGAUGCAGAUUCUGAUGAAGAAACUGUCUCUGAAGAGGACUUUUAUAGUUUUUUAAAUAUACCAAAGGAAGCCAGCAAAGAGGAAAUUAAUAAUGCAUAUAGACGACUGAGUCGCAUAUAUCAUCCCGAUAAGCAUUUAGAUCCCACAUUAAAAUCUAAAGCUGAAGUAAUGUUUAACAAGACUAAGCGAGCUUAUGAAGUUUUAUCGGAUCCGCACCAACGUGCAAUAUAUGAUUCGUUAGGCACUAAAGGUUUAGAAACUGAAGGUUGGGAAAUUGUGCAGAGAACUAAAACUCCAGCUGAAAUACGUGCUGAAUAUGAACAAUUGGCUGAAGAAAGAGCUGAAAGGCGAAAAAAACAAGCUACUAAUCCAUCUGGAAAUAUUACAAUAGCUAUAAAUGCAACGGAUUUGUUUAAUCCAUAUGAUGAGAUCUUAUUGGAAGAGGAGUAUGAACCGGGAAUAUUAUCAAGUUUUGCCAAUGUUGAAGUAUCUUCGAUGCAGUUUUCACAAAGUGUAGAUUUUCCAUUAACUCAAAAGGAUACGUGUACUUUGUCAGGGCAAUUACAUACGCAAAAUGGAACUGGUGGGGGCGGAGUAAAUUGGAGUUGGAGACAUUUAUUUUCCAACAGAAGUUGGGCUGAGGUGGAAGCAACUGCAGGUAGUGGUCCAGCUUUAUCUUUAAAAGCAUUUAGAACAUUAUCAAAGAGGUUUUUCUGGAAUGGGGGUACCAUUUUACAAUUUACUCCAGAAGGAAUUCGACCUGGAAUUAUGUCAACAUUAGCUAUGCAAAUUGAUAAACAUUCAGUAGGUUAUAUUUCAUAUCAUGGAGGUGUAAGAUCUUUAUUUGCCACACAAAUUGUCAGAGAUACAGAAAAUAAUAGGUAUAACUUUUUAAUACAAGUUGGUCUUCCGCAUUCCUUUGUACAGUUACAGUACACCAGAAAAAUGAUUACCCAAGAGUUAAAAGUAAAAUUAGCUGUGAAAAUGGGUACCUUUGGUGGAGUUGUGGAAUAUGGUCUAGAAAAGAAAGUUUCUAAGCAUAGCAAUUUAGCAUUUUCUGUUGUUUGUGGUGUACCUGCAGGUGUCAAAUUAAAAAUAAGAUUAACAAGAGCAAACCAGGUUUAUUCUUUCCCUAUUCAUCUUUGCGAAGAAAUAAUGCCAUCACCAAUAUUCUAUGCAACCGUCGUGCCUAUUAUAGUAUAUGUAGUAGUUAAAAAGGGCUUUGUGGAACCUUUCCUAAAAGAAGAGAAGUCGAAGAAACUAGAAAAACAAAAGCAGAAUAAUUUUAGCAAACUGUUAGAAAAAAGAAAAGAAGCUUUAGCAGCACAAGAAUUAAUGCAAGCAACCUACACUAGAAUAAGAGAUGAAGAGGAAAAAAGAAAAGGUUUAGUCAUAAUUAAAGCUAUUUAUGGAAAAAUUAUGAGAGAAUCUGGAGAUUCAGAAGUAUCCAGUGAUGUCCUAGAUGUGACCGUUCCUAUCCAGUGUCUUGUAAAAGACAGCAAAUUAAUAAUCCACGAAAAUUCAAAAAGUGAAUUACCAGGAUUUUUUGAUCCAGCCCUAGGGGAAGAAAAAAUGUUACACAUCAUUUACAAUUACCACGAACAGCCUCAUGAAGUUACUGUUAGUGACACUGAAGCGUUAAGAUUACCUAAAACAGCUCAUAGAACUAAUGUCACCUAAUGUCAUGAAAAAAUAAAUGAAAUGUAUAGUUGAAUUAGAUGUAAAAACAAAAAAUAUAUGAUUAAAAAGAUGGACUAUUUCAAAUAAAAGACCAAUCAACUCUCAGUACAGCAAAGUGUCAUUUUUGUAGUUGUACUAAAGUUGUUCAAGCUGACUUUACAUUGAAGGCUUUAGUUAGAAUAUUAUUAAAUUAUUUGAAACAAUAAAAUUGUUGAAACGGUAAUUUAAAUGUUAAAUGAG